AUGCCGCUCUGGACAGCAAUCAUAACCUCGUUGAAGUCCUUCUCGACGGGCACCACCACCUCAGCACCAAGAACAGAUUAUCUACAAGAUGCACGGGUCUUUCCGACAAGUGGAUUUGAAUCCAUUCAAGCCGAUCAUCCAGUUGAGGAGGAAGAGCUGCCUGACUAUCAAGCACACCGAUUUUACCCCGUUCGAAUUGGCGAUAUUUUCGAGAGCCGCUACCAAGUAGUCGCAAAACUGGGCUACGGUUCUUCCUCCACUACAUGGCUGUCCCGGGAUCUCGCGAACAAUCAAUAUGUCGCCUUAAAGGUCUAUGUGCAUACCUCAUUAUAUCACCGUGAAGUUCCAGUUUACGAACAUAUGGAUCACCAGUUACGAACCAGCCCGCACCAAGGACGACACAAUAUCCGGAGAUUGUUGCAUUCGUUCAAACUUUUCGGGCCAAGUGGAACACAUACAGUUCUUGUUUUCGAAGCGGCACAAAUGAGUCUGCGUGACAUGAAGCUAGUAUUUCGGCAAGAUGGAUUUGACGAGGAAUUCGUCAAAGGGGCAGUCACUGAGCUGUUACAGGCUUUGGACUUCCUUCAUACUCAAGCAAAUAUUGUCCACACCGAUGUUCACCCUGGAAAUAUGCUCCUGGGUACGUAUAAUAGCCAGCUACUGAAAACCUUAGAAGAUAAAGAAUUCAGUUCUCCGGUUCCCCGCAAGCAAGUCUCACCCACUCGAACCGUAUAUUUAUCACGCUUGAUGCGUCCUACAGAAGGUCCAAUGCUGCUAUCCGACUUUGGCGAGGCUCGUAUCGGUCAAGGACCUCAUGGUGGUGAUAUUAUGCCUCUGGAGUAUCGGGCUCCUGAGACGUUGCUCUGCAUAGGUUGGAGUUAUCCAGUUGAUAUUUGGAGCGUUGGUUUGACGGCCUGGGACCUUCUUGAACCGAGAAAACUUUUCACGGCUCGUGAUGAAGAUGGUGACCUCUAUGAUGCGGCACAUCUCGCCCAGCUCAUUGCCGCGUUAGGACCGCCACCUCCUAAUUUUCUGCGCAGAAAUCCUGACAGAAAAGGCGACUUUUGGGAUCGUGAUGGCAAAUGGCUAAAUCUUGCGCCCAUUCCGAAUAGGCGGACAUUUGAAGCACUAGAAUCUCGACUCGAGGAUAAGUCAGGCUUCUUACGUUUUAUACGAAAGGCUCUUACCUGGAUGCCCGAGGAUAGAGCAACAGCGAAGGAGCUCUUGCAGGAUCCUUGGUUAGCUGGCUGA